ACUGUGAACAUGAACAAAAUAAAUGCCACCAAUUACAUUUGUUUUUUUUUUUUCAUUUAUUCAAUUUUUCCAUCAUUGAUAAUACAGCAUAAUGUGAGUGAAUUGAUAGAUUGAGUAAUAGACAGAUACAACAAAUAACAACAGCCUAUUUAAAUUUUGUGAAAAUGAUUUGUAAGGAAAUUCACUUCUAUUUGCUUGUUUUUGUGUGUGAGCGUGCGCCAGCCAUUAAAACUCAAUAUUCUAGCAAAUAGAGGCAACAACGAUUGUCAUUGGCUAGCCAGCUGACUGUUCAUUUUAUGGCGCCAAAUUCAAAUGUGUUUUUACUUGAUAGUGAACUGAUUAUGCACAACCAGCUAUCUAUACUGGCUUUUCUAUUGUUAUUAUCAAUGCGUCUACACUGCAUACCCUUUCUACAUACAAUGUGAGCAUAGAAUCAACAAUAAAUGUGCAAUAAGUACAGAUUUUAUUAUAAAAUGACAUUCACUCUGCCCGACAACGGCUGUGGAUAGGCAACCCGCCACACAGCGCGGGAGCAAGUCUACAAGAAAAGCGGCGUUUUUCACAUUACAGACAUGGUUUUUCACACUGAAUUCAAUCAAAAUUGACUGCUAACCAUACCACAAAUGUUCUGUAUAAUUUACAAGCUAUUCAAAUAAAUAGGAAAGUUUUCACUGCAUAUUCUGUGUCCUGCAUUCAAUAUCUUGCUUAUUUUGUGGACACAACAUGCACACUGAGCCCAGUUAAACUGGUGAAAAUGACUUUUUCAACUUUUCUUCAAUUUUAAUUGGAUAAACAUUAUUCUAUUACACUCAGAAGUCGACUGGAUGUUCAAUAGUAUACAUUCAGUUACAAUUACAUGCAUAUUUGUAUGAUUUUCCAACAGAAAAGUGUCUUACUUGUGUACUGUACUAGUGUGUUUGGCUGUGUAUUACCUGUGGUCAGCUUUUCGGCUAUUAUCUAGUUCCAGACCAAUAAAAGUGUACAAUAUUAUUGCAUGUGUGGAUGCGUACUGACAUGCUCUAACAGACUCAAUAGUAUUUUUGUGAAUUUCUUUGCACACAAUUGAUGGAUAGUCGAUCAAGUGUUGCAGUGUACCGAGUUCGGCCGGGUAUGGGAGUGUUUGAACGACUUUUUCAAUAGAAAAUCACUAAUAAUUACCAUAUAAACCUAUUCAGUUGUCUAGAGAAUAGUGUGAGCAAUCCAACAAUACGAUUUGCAGCUUUGUAGCACGAGCGAUUGCAAAGUUAUAAGCAAAAGAGUGCCGGCCAACAAGCACGAAUUUCUGCUGAACUAUCACAAUUUUGGCUUGCCACCGCUGCAGCUUCCAUAUCGGUCCGUACAAGUCUAUAUAGGUCGGUUGUUUUCAAUGAAUCUCGAAGCUAUUGAAAGCAAGUUAGCAUCAGCAGCAGCGAUACCACUACUGUCUACUCUACUACUCAACAACAAGAUGUCAGCCGAGACAGCAACCAGUCCAGCGGCAACGGUCCCAGCCGCGUCCACACCGGCCAAGGCGAAGAAGGCGGCCGCAUCGAAAGCAGCAGCCAGCUCCAAGAAGCCGCGUGCCAAGCCAGCACACCCGCCAACCGGCGAAAUGGUGAACGCUGCUAUUGCCGGACUCAAGGAGCGUGGUGGCUCGUCACUGCAGGCGAUCAAGAAGUACAUUGCUGCCAACUACAAGGCCGACGCAGAGAAGCUGGCGCCGUUCAUCAAGAAGUACCUGAAGACAGCCGUCGCAUCGGGAGCUCUCACCCAGCCGAAAGGCAAGGGUGCCGCCGGCUCGUUCAAGAUCUCGGUGAAGGAAGCAGCCAAGGGUGCUGCCCCGAAGCCGGCUAGUGCCAAGCCGAAGUCAGCUCAGCCAAAGAAGAAGAAGCCCACUGCUGCCGGAGCAAAGCCGAAGAAGGCCGUUGCCUCGGCUACAAAGAGCAAGGCAACGUCUGCUGCCGCCGGUGAGAAGAAGAAGGCCGCAGCUAGCAAGCCAGCCGCCGCGAAGAAGAGCAGUGCUGCUGCUUCGGCAGCCAAGUCCAAGUCUCCUAAGGCGAAAAAGGUCACCAAGCCGCCUACCAAGAAGCCCAAGUCGCCGAAGCCGAAGAAGGCAGCCGUCGCCAAGAAACCAAAGAAGGCUACUGUCACUAAGAAGAAGUAAAUUCUUCUACGGACCUACCACACACCAGCCAGCCGAGGGGCCUGCCGCUGUCGUCGCAAGCACUUCACAUAAAAACGGCUCUUUUCAGGGCCUCCA